AUGCUGCUGAGGGCCAUUGUAUUCAUCACGGCUGCAGCGGCCGUGAAGAUUCCUCAGCCAGUUGGUCCAGUACAGCAACAAUUACCCGCCACGAUUCAAUGGUCGGCUUGCCCGACGGACAUUAGGCCGUUUCGAAAUGUUAAUGCCACCCAACAGCUACAGUGUGCCAACCUCUCGGUGCCAUUAGAUCACAAUAAUGCGCAGGCAGAAAGUCCAAAAGUUCAACUGGGAAUCGUCAAAUUACCGGCAACUGGCCAGCGAGUUGGAAAUCUUUUUGUAAAUCCUGGUGGACCAGGAGGCGCCGCGUCGAGCAUGGUUCUUAGCAUGGCUGCGAAAAGACUCUACAUCAGUGAUGCUGUACGCCAGUCUUUCGACAUUAUCGGGAUGGACCCGCGCGGUGUCGGCUUAAGUACGCCGCAGAAGUGCGAUACCAACCUUGCCAAUCAGCCCAGUGCAUUUGAUGCAACAACUCCUGAAGGCUUUCAGAAAUUGUUUGAAUACAAUAAGGCUCUAGGAGAAUCAUGUCGAACCAUGACUGGGCCUGUAUUCGACAAUAUGGAUACAAUAUCUGUAGCGAAGGACAUGGAGGCUGUGAGGAUCGGUGAGAGAGUUACUGAUGCAAUAGCAGCUACUGGAGGGGAGCCGAUGAAUUACUUUGGUGUCUCUUAUGGAACUCAAUUAGGCGCUCAAUACGCAGCUCUUUUCCCAUCGACAAUACGAGCUAUGGCUCUUGAUGGAAUGCUGCAGCAUACCGGCGCCUUCGCGUCAAACAUCAUGACACAAGCAACAUCGCUAGAUGCGACAAUCCAAGCAUUCUUCAGGUUUUGCGAAGCCAAUGGUACUAAUUGCGGUGAGGGAGGCCAGAAUAUAAGGCAGACCUGGAACAAAGUCAUCGAGGUCGCUGGUGCCGGACAACUCAAGGCAGCCGAAUGUGACGGGACCAUCAAGACACGAUGCGUUCCCCUUGCUACGGUAUCCGACGUGUUGGGCGUUGCUCGGUCUACACUGGAGUUCCCCCAGGACCGCCCAGCUUUUGCAGAAUUUCUCAAACUGGGAGCCACAGGCAACGGAUCAUUCUUCACCCCAGGCCUUCUUUCAGGUGAUACCUUUACCGACUCUCGCUCGCUAUCAAUCACGAACGUGCAGUGCCAAGACGGCCACUUCUUCGCGGCUAAAGACCAUGUCGAAGUCCAACGCGUCGCGGACAUGACACGUUCUUUCACAGUUACUCCUGGGAUGGGGGAGUUCUGGCACCGUGUGAUCGACUGUACUGGGUAUCCUGUCAAGAUCACCAACCCGCGGACGGCACUGAAUGUUAAAGGGACGCAGAAUCCGGUGUUACUUGUGCACUCCCGUUUUGAUCCAGCUACGAGUUUUGUCUACGCUGCUGGUAUGAUGGAAGAGUUCCAGAACGCCACUUUGGUUUUGCGAGAGGGAUCCGGGCAUACAAGCUAUCUUCUUCGAGGGGAUGCGUCACGAGUAGUUGAUGAUUACCUGAUUAACCUAAAGAUUCCGCCAGCCGGUACAGUUACGCAAAGCUGA